GUAAAAGACAACUCAAUUCCAAAAAGCUACUUUACUUCCACCGGCUACCACAUGAUUUACGUAAUAAAUACACUUACGAAUCAAGGAGGGAGAGAAGCUUUCAGUCGCAACUCAUUUCGAAUCCUAGCUGGUGUCUGGGUCUUGUGCGCUACUGUUUUGGUCAAUUCGUACACAGGAAUUGUCACUUCAUCACUCACGACGCCUAGACUAAAACCGUCUAUUAACUCAUUUGAAGAAUUAGCAGACAGUAAAGAAAUUGGAAUAGUCAUCAGGAGUGACACAGCGGUCGGAGCACAAAUUCUCGAAGCAACAUCCGGCAUUUAUAAGGUUCUUGGAGACCAAGUCCGGCUUCAUCCUGAUCGCAUAUUUGUCGAUCCGUUUAAAUUAAAUGCAAAAUUGGAAACUGGUCAAUUUGCUUACCCAUUUCUGAACACCUUUACCGUUGCGUUUGUGAGUUCUCAUUAUAAAAAAGAAGGGACGUGUCGUUUCAAAGUUUCGAAGCCACUGCCUAUUUUGACUGGAUUUUACUCAUUGCUCCAUAAAAAGGGAACUUGGUACACCAAAACCAUAAGUAGAGGACUGAUGGACUUGUGGGAGAGUGGCCUUGUUAAAUUUUGGGUGAAUAAUCUUCCUACCUUACCAAAGGCAGAUGCUUGUUUCGUCGACAGAAAACGUCGAGUUUCUCGCCCAGUUGCUAUCAAGUUAACUGAUUUAACUAGCGCCUUUCUAAUUCUGGGGAUCGGGAUCGGAUUAGCAAUUUUAGUUUUCAUGUUGGAACUUAUCUACUGGAAACUGCUGGCGAUGCAAAAGAAACUCGCUAUAGUCGAGAUCUAAAAUCCCAUAACGAAUAAUAGAAGAAUAUCGGUGACUCAUCCGUAGUAGUUGUUAGGUAGAGUUUAGUUGUUAGAGAAAUAAAGAAACGACAUGUUUCAUGAUUAAGUAAAUGCUUUAGACCUUAUUUGGUAAUCAAUUUGAUUACAUAUGUGGUAGAUUAUAGUCAGAAUGCAGCAACGAAAAUGUUCUGUUAUCCUCGAUUGUGUAACCAAUAAAAUUAGCAUAUUCUAUCUCAAAAUACAAGUU